AUGGCCCGAAAUGCGGAAAAGGCGCAGUCUAUGCUGUUUCGCUUCCGCGCGCAACAAGCAUCCGACUUGGGCAUCAUCGACGUGAAUCACACCCGCCGACCGAAGGCCAUCUCCCAGGUGGAAGAUAUCAAGACGUGUGAGCGCUGGCGAGGCCAAGUACUCAAGGAAAUCAGCAGGAAAGUAUCGCGAAUCCAGGAUCCGGCGUUGAGCGACUACCAGGUCAGAGAUAUCAACGACGAGCUCAACAAACUCUUCCGCGAAAAAUGGCAGUGGGAGAUGCGCAUCAAAGAAUUGGGCGGGCCGAACUACAUGCGCGGAGGCACACGAGUGACAGACGAUGAGGGGAGGCUCAUAGAAGGUGGUGGGAAAGGAUAUCGAUAUUUCGGCCGGGCGCGAGAACUUCCCGGUGUGAAAGAGCUGUUCGAGGCAGCUACGCAGAAGCCGGAGAAGGAAGUCAAGGAUACGAGGCAUGAUCUAAAUAAGCGUGUGGAUGCUGGCUAUUAUGGCUACAACUUGGACGAAGAAGACGGUGUCCUGCUCAAGUACGAGGCACAGAAGGAGAAAGACGCCUUUGAGACGCUCAUGGCUGAGGACGAGCCAGCAGAUCCUACUUGGGAGCCUUUACCCGGCCAUGGAGGAGAUGGUACUCUGUGGAAGCUCCCCAUGGCAGAGGAGGUCGAGGCUGAGCUACUUGAAAGACGAAAGCGGAAACUGCUGGACAAGAUAUGA